AUGGGUAUUGGAUUACCUCUGGAAGAGUCACUUAAGUUUUGGCGCAAAUCAUUCUCUCCUAAAUAUGACAAUGAUCAAUUUAAUAAAGCUUACGCCUACAACAUCAGACACAAUUAUGGAAAGGAAGGAAAACGUGCAGAUUAUACACCUUAUUCUUGUAUUAGGAUUGUCUCAGGCAGUGCUCCAGGAGCGGGAGAUUAUCACGGUUGUCCUUUUCGGCAUAUGGACCCUGAACUUCUUCGCCAACGUUUACUGUCAGGUGGUCGUCUGUCGUUAGAUAUUGUGGAAACAAUUGUACAGCGAGCAAAAGAAAGACUUUACCACCUAAGUUGUCGUGAAUAUUUACGUGGGAUGUUAAAAUUGAGUGUAGACGAUAUAUCUGGAAUAACCAUUCACCAUCCAAAUCAAUAUUUUGAAGAAGCUCGAAAGAUAAUACAAGGUAACAAAAAUAACCCUACAGUUGACAAAAUCCAUGUGAAGAAAGUUAAAUUGUAUAACGGUGAUGAUGACGACAGGCUACUUCAAGCUAUUGACAUUAGUGAUGCAAGUUUUACCUCAUCUAAUGAGAUUACUGUUUCUAGACGUUCAUUUUUAUCCUCACCUAAUAAUUUAAUUGACGAUGCUACAAAAAAUCGUAUUGCAAAACUAAAUGUCUUUAUUCGUAUUUAG